AUGACCCAACACAUCCGAUCAGAUAGUGGAAUGGUCAAGGACAAUGGUCCGACCAUCAUAUAUGAAGAUAAUGAUGCUUGCAUUGCGCAACUCAAAGACGGGUAUAUCAAAGGUGACCGAACCAAACAUAUUCUACCCAAGUUCUUCUUUACUCAUGAGUUGCAGAAAGCUGGAGAGGUCAACGUCCUUCAGAUCCGGUCUAGUGAGAACUCAGCCGACCUUUUCACCAAGUCAUUGUCCACCAGCACAUUCAGGAAGCUCACGCAGCAGAUUGGCAUGCGAAGACUCAAGGACCUUCAGUGA